AUGGCUCAAACUACCAUCGUGAUCUUCCCCACAGCAACAUUACUAAUGGCGGCUACGGUUGUUUCAGGGCAGAAACCACCUAGUCCUACGGCUCCUCACACAGUUAACGAAGUUAUGAACUGUGCAGCGGGUUUGACUAAUUGUGUUCCGGCGAUUACUUUGGGAGGAACUCCGUCGUCGGAAUGA